UUGUUGCCAAAACCAAAUCCCUCCCUCCAUUUCCAAACUACCCCCAAAACCCAACCCCUCUCUCCAUCCAGACAUAGCGUGCGAGUUUGAUUGACUGACUGAGAGCUGCCUUUGCUUUUCGAUGGUUUGAUUCUGAUGAAUUAUUGACGAACUCCGGGAAGACACCAUUCGAGGUCACGGACAGGACCAGCGUUGAGUUUGGCUCGCGGCGUCUGCGGCUGCGGCUGCGGCUGCCUGUCGGACAUGGAGGGCCGGGAAGAUGUGAAAUCCAUGCUCCCUUUUCUCCCCCUGGUGUUGCGCUCGUCCACCCUAUCGUGGCCGUCUGCGGCGGCGGAGGAGGCGCUGGAGGCACUCUCCCGAGGGCCCGAGCACAGCCACGUGGACUCCGGGGAAGUUAUGGGAGUUGCCGUUGCCGACAUCAAGCAUUCCCUCGGGCUCUCCUCGGAACCUCUCGCUCCUUUCGCUGUUGAAGGUUACGCUCUCUUCUUCGACGAGCUAUUGCCUCGCAAUGAUUCGGAUAAGUGGUACAAAGAGGUUCUCCCAUUUUUGGCUAGGCUUCUACUGCAGCUGCCUUCUCUAUUGGAAACACACUGGCGAAAGGCUGAUAGUUUCUUUGAUGUGAAGAGAUGUCGUGCCAUGACUGGUCUUCGCUUGUUGGAGCAACAAGAGCCAGGCGUAGUCGUCCUUAGUCAGGAACUGAUUGCUGCUCUCGUGGCAUGCUCUUUCUUUUCCUUGUUCCCAACCCAUAAGAGAGGUUCUAAACAUCUUCCGAUGAUCAACUUUGAUGAUUUGUUUGCGAGUCUAUACAAGAGCUACAGUGAGAAGCAAGAACAUAAAGUGAAAUGUAUUGUACACUACUUUGAAAGAAUAUGUUCGAGUAUGCCAAAGCGUUUUGUCUUCUUUGAGAGGAAAGUUCUUCCUCUCGAAGGUGGUUCUUCUACUAUGUCAUAUCCGACGUCUGAUUUCUGGAGCAAAUCUGUGAUUCCUCUAUGUCGUGUUGAGGUCCUUUCUUCCGGCCUCAUAGAAGAUCAUUUUGCGGAAUCUCUUAAAGUGGAUUUCGCAAAUAAGUACCUUGGAGGUGGUGCUCUUAACAGGGGUUGUGUACAGGAAGAGAUCCUCUUCAUGAUUUAUCCUGAGUUAAUUUCCGGCAUGCUUUUUUUACCUGCCAUGGCAGAAAAUGAAGCAGUAAAAAUGGUCGGUGCAGAGAGAUUUUCAAGUUAUACAGGGUAUGCCUCUUCAUUCCAGUUUUCUGGUGAUUAUGUGGACAAAACAGAUGUUGAUUGCUUUGGAAGACGUAGAACAAGGUUUAUUGCAAUUGAUGCGUUGUGCAGUCCCGGAAAGAGACAGUAUGAGUUACAAUUGGUCCUAAGGGAGAUAAAUAAGGCAUUCUGUGGAUUUUGGGAUGAACCCAAACAUACCAAGUAUGAUACACUAUCCAAGGACAAUAACUGCCCUUCUGCUUUGGCUGAAGACUGCAUCAGAGACUUCAAUGAUAAUUCUAAGGCUCCAGAAGUGGCUCUCGACCUUGAACGGGAACUCAAGGACAAAGACGUCCCUCAUUCUGAGGCUGCAACUCUCUCCCUGAGUCUGGACCAGGAAGAGAGUAUCGGGAUUGUGACAGGUAAUUGGGGCUGUGGAGCAUUUGGAGGAGAUCCUCAACUGAAAUCUAUGAUUCAGUGGCUUGCUGCUUCUCAGGCAUUGAGACCUUCAUUGACAUACUACACAUUUGGUUCGGAGGCAUUGCAAAACCUAGCCAAGGUAAGUGAGUGGAUUUUGAUGCAUAAGUGGACGGUGGGAGACCUAUGGAACAUGUUGGAGGAGUAUACAUCCCAGAGAUUUAAGGAAGAAACGAUGCUCGGAUUCUUUUUGUGGCUCCUUCCUUCAGGGAUGAGGAAGCUAUGAAGAUCGGACUGAAAUGUUUCUCCGUAUCGUAGAUCUUGUGGAGGCGAGCUUCUAUGCAGGCAACCCAAACAAGAGGUUGGGGUUGCUGAAUUGAUAAUAUAUAUUAGAUUUACAGUCGAUAAUUGCCCCUUUCAUUGACUUAGGUUUCUUUGAAGCUGGGUAUAUUUUAGUGCCGUGCUAGGGGAUUUGCUAUUAGGCAUUCCGAAUUUGUUGGAAAUAUUUUGUACAUUCAAAAACUAAUAUGGAAAGCCAAAUAGCAUUACGAUUUGCCAAAAAUAUAGUACUAUAUGUUUGAAAGUUCUUAGGGAUAUUAUCCGAUACUCUUAUGUAAUUAUUCUAU